GGUCUUUCAGCUGCUAAGCCCCAGUUGCUCCUUGUUUGCGCAAACAAUAAAUGUCCACUUUCUGUUUCCCUUGCAACUGGUAGUAUUGCGUCCGUCUUAUUUCCAUCAUACGGAACUGGGUUUUUUUUUAUUUCCAUCAGCUGAUAAGACAGGACAAAAACCCUCAUUGCCUUACAUUUUCACUUUGUAUUUGUCCUUACAAUCCUCACACACACACACACAACCAUAAUAACUGGGCCACACAGACACAAAUACACACAUGAUUACAAUCCAGGUCAGGCUGGAAGAGUCUCUCGCAAGACCGGAUCUCAAGCUGCCCCUCACAGAGACACACAAUCCAAUCCCAUUCUAAUCACUUCACACACUGCUACACCAAGCACCCCCAGGACCCUCCCUGCGCCCCGCCCCACGCAGAGUCUUUAGCACCCCAGCCUGCAUCCCAACCACCAGGCUGACCUAAAAUCUCAAUGUCUGAGGCAAAACCGCAACGCCACACGGGGCGGAAAAGGCCGCGGUGCCUUCCGGGAAAUGUAGUCUGAACACUGGCAAACUGCCGGGCAAAGAACUCUGGGACUCCUCAGUCAAUGAAAUCGCAGUUAAGACUCCAGUCCUGGCCUGGAGGAACCUCCCUCUGCCCCGCCCUAUAAUCGCUUCCUCUCCGGAAGGGACAGGUGGGAGCUACCGCGGUGCUGAGACCACUGAACCUCCCGUUCCCACCCUGGACUUCCAGAGCCGCUCCGCACGCUGGAGGCUUCUGGGAGUAGUAACCUGUGCUCGAAAUGCGCAAGCGCAGCUUCGCGCGUCAGCGUCCGCUGCUGAGCCAGGCUCCAAGCCCCGGUGAACAUGAAGAACAUAAGGGAAAGUGUUGGGGCGAAGAGUCCCCGAAGGGGAGUAUGCAGAUGUAACAGCCGGGGAGGGCGACCAAACGGGAAGAAUGGGGUUGGCUGAGCGGAUUAACAAAGGACCUUAAUACUUGAGUACGUAUUCGUGACAUCCUGAGAAGAGUGAGGAGUGAGGACUCUCCAGCCCGCCUCCCGGGAGCUACGCGAAGUUUCUGCGCGAGAGCGCGCGUGCUACGUCGUUUGUGCAGGAGCGGGGGUGGGGGGGCUUCGGCUGGUGAGCUUGCGUUCAUGGUUGCGUACAGAGGGGCGGGACCCAGGCGUUGUGGACUGGUUCCAGGAAUGGUGACUGAACGUGUGCGUGUCGCGUGGCUUUGUUUGGGGCGGGGCCUCGCACGCCGCCUACGUGUUUCGAACGUGAGGGGGCGGGGCCGUGCUUGGCCCACGGGGGUCCCAGAGAGAAGUGCGCAGGCGCGGGUAGCGAGGGGGUCUUUGCGCAGUACCUUGGGCUCUACUGGGGCCUGACGUGGGAGGACGGAGGUGAGAGUGUGUUGUGUGAGAUUGUGUGAUUGUGCACCUGCGACUGCGUGUGUUGUGACUCUGGGGCUUCGUGGGGGUUGUGGCCCCGGGACUUCGUAGGGAUUGUGUCCCGGUACUUCGUAGGGUGGUGACCCCAGAAAUGUGUGGCGAUGUGUGAUUGUACUGGCCUGGGAUAUGACUCAUUGUAACUGGACAUGGAGGCCACUGUGGGGAGGAUUCUGAGAGGCCGUACAGGUGUGAGGGGCUCUUCUGUGAAAGUGCGUGUGCGCGCUUGUAUGGUUGUGAAAUCGCAUGCGUCAUUUCUUGCGGCUUUCGUCUUCGGUAAAAUCGGGUAAUAAUAGCACCAGUCUCCGUAUUGUCGGGAAGAUUAAACAGGACAGCAUUGGCGACCCACCCAACACAGCGUGGUACUCAAUAAAUACCGUGUAGAUGUGCGUGUUUGUUGUAGUGUUGGUGUUAUUGACCUCGCGCUGAGGUGGGGUGUAGUCACGAUGCUAGAGGACUGUCUCUGGACUUAGGAUAAAGCAUUGUAGGUGCCCCUAGCCCAGGGUCCAACGGUCUUGCAGUUGAGCCCUCCAGUAGCCUGGUUGCCCUUGCGUUGUUUCUGUCUCCGCAUUAGUGCGCAUUUGAAAAGAACGCAGUUCCGUCCUGGCCUCUGGGAGCUCGUGACUGUGACUGUAGUCUUCUCCUUAGCCAGGUUAACCCCUUGACGUCAAGUCGAUUCAGACUCAUGGUGAACCCAAGCAUGUCAAAGCAGAACGGAAUCAUGUCAAAGCAGAACGGCGCUCCAUGGUGUUUUCAAUGCCUAUAAUUUUAGGGAAGUAGAUUGCCAGGCAUUUCUUCCAUGGCACCACUACAUGGGUACGAACUACCAACCAUUUGGGUAGUAACAGAAUGCAGACUAUUUGCGCCACUCAGGUAGAUGGGGGUUUAAGAGCAUGAACUCUGGAGCCAGACUACCUGCCUUUGACUACUGGUUCCACCACUCACUAAUUGUAUGACUUUGGGAGAGGUUACUUAAAUGUGCUUCUCCUCAGUUUCUUCAUCUGUAAAACAGAGAUAAUAGUACCAGCCUCAGGUUUGUGGUGAGCAUUAAGUAGGACAGCACUUGGCACAUGUAAAAACCAAACAGGUUGCCUUGAGUUGAUUCUCACUCAUAGCGACCCUGUAGGACACAGUAGAACUGCCCCAUAGGGUUUCCAAGGCUGUAAUCUUUACGGGAGCAAAUUGCCAGGUCUUUCUCUCUCAGCUCUGCUGGGUGGAUUCAACCAUGACCUUUUGGUUCGCAGGUGAGCACUUAACUGUUGCACCACCAGGGCUCCUUAUCUACUCAGAGCUUGCAUUUAGUAGGAGAGACAACAGUAAAAUUGUUGGUGAUAAGUAUUUUGAAAAGUAAAGCAGGGUGAAGGGAUUAGAGGGAUCAAUUGCUGUGGAGUUGACUCCGACUCAUGGUGACCCCAUGUGUGCCAGAGUUGAACUGUCCUCCACAGGGUUUUCAGUGGUUGAUUUUUCAGAAGAUCACCAGACGUUUUUUCCAAGGUGCCUGCAACCUUUUGGUUAGCAGCUGAGCGUGUUAACUAUUUGCACCACCCUGGGACUCCUAGAGAGUGACAGCAGGUACUAUUUUCAGAAUCAACACCCAGACUUUCCAUGGGCACCUUAGUCAACUCCAAAACUAAGGUAGGGAAUAUUUCUCACUGACCACCCCUACGGGGAGAGCAGUGAGCACCAUCAGUGACUCCUUGGAAUCCCUUGAUCACGGAAUCUAAGAGUUUGUCUUUGAGCUCAUCAAAGACUUUCUCCUCCAGCCCUGAAGUCUGGGCCUCAACAGGGAGAAGUCAGAUUUCCAGCCCCACCCUUGAGACUCUGAGAUUUGAGGUUGUGGUUGUUGUUAGUGUUAGCUGCCACCAAGUCAUUCCUUGACUCAUGUUGACCCCAUGUGACAGAGUAGAACUGCCCCUUAGGAUUUUUCUUGGCCGCAAUCUUUACAGAAGCAGAUCGCCAGGCCUAUCUUCCGUGGAGGCCUCCAGGUGAGUUCGAACUGCCAACCUUUAGGUUAGCAGCCGAUCACAAACCACUUGGGCCACCCAGGCUCUGAAACUUAGGGUAGUGGUUAUAAACAACGCCUUUGCAUUAGUGAAAAACUUGGAAGGCUUUUAAGAAAUAGAAAACAAAGGCUUGGACCCAGUCCCUACAGAUUCUGAUUUAAUGGGUCUGGCGUGAGGUGUUCUCUUUGGUAUUUAUUUAAAAGCUCCCAAGAGAGUCUAAUGUGCAGCCAAGGUUGAGAGAGAGCUACUGCUCUGAGAGACUUCAGGCUCCUCUGGGCUCCUGAGAAUGAGAGAAAUUAAUCUGGAGGAGGGUUGGGGAGGAGUAGAGUCCCUGGGUGGCACAAACGUUAAGUGCUUGGCUGCUAACCAAAAGGUUGGAGGUUCAAGCCCACCCAGAGGCACUUCUGAAGAAAGGCCUGGCGAUCUUCUUCCAAAAUAUGAGGUAUUGAAAAUCGUAUAGAACACAAUUCUGCUCUGACACACCUGGGGUUGCCGUGAGUUAGAGUCAACUCAAAGGCAACUGGUUUUGGUUUUAAAGGGCCAUCUAGCUAUUCAGUGAGCAGAUACUUAACAAAUCCUCUCCACAUGCUAGGCAUUGUUCCAAGGCUCAGGGCCCUUGGAAUGCACAAAAAAAGGUCUGUUCUCAGGGGUUUGCAUUCUAGUGGAUGGAGACAGUCAGCACUAGACAGAAUACCUAAGGAAACUAUAUAGCAUGUUAGGUGGUGGUAAGAGCUAUGGAAAAAGAGACAAAGCAGAGCUGGAUAAGGAAGAAAGACCAGGUAAAUGGGCUGGGGGCAGGUUGCAGUAUUCAAUAGGGUGUUCUGGUGACCUUCACAGAGAAGUGAGAUUUGAGCAGGGACUGAAGGACGGGAGGGACUGAGGCAGGGGCUAGAGCAUUGCCGGGCGAGGGUACUGCUGCGACAGAGAUAAAUCCCAGGGAGGGGGCAACAGCAUAUUCUUGGAAUAGCAAGGAGGCCAGCAUGGUGAGAGGGAGUGUAGGACCUGAGGUCACAGCACAUGGCAGGCCAAAAUAAGGUCCAGGUCACAUACACAGAGUCAUAUUACACAUAUAUGUGUAUUGCACGUAGAGUUAUUUUUAGAUGCCAUCGGGUAGAUUCUGACUCAUAGCAACCCACAUAUGUCAGAGUAGAACUGUCCCAUAGGGUUUUCUUGGCUGUAAUCUUUACAGAAGGAUCCCAUGGUUAAAGCACUCAACUGCUAACUGGAAGGUCGGCAGUUCAAACCCACCAGCCUCUCCCAGGAAGAAAAGACCUGGCGAUCCACUCCCAUAAAGAUUAUAGCUUUGGAAAGCCUAUGGGGCAGUUCUACUCUAUCUAUAGGGUUGAUAUGCCUCUGAAUCCACUUGAUGGCACACAAAAACAACCAUCUCUAUGGAAGCAGGUCACCAGGCCUUUCUUCUGUAGUGCCACCGGGUGGUUUCCAACCACCAGUCUUUCAAUUAGUAGUCAAGUGCAAACUAUUUGCACUACAUAGGGAUCCUGCUGGAGUCAGAUGCCUGGGUUUGAAUCCUGGCUUUGAGCCAGAUCCCAACUCAGUGUCACCUCCUCAAAGAGGCCUUCCCCAACCACCCCGUCAGUCUCUAGCCCCCUUUCCUGGUCUUUUAUUUCUUCACAGCAGUGAUCCUGUCUACCAUUGUGUUGUACUGGGCUUGUUUUCCCUGCUGGGAUGACCUUGGGCAAGUCGUUCUCAUUUUUCUGUGGCGUAGUGGUUAAGUGCUACGGCUGCUAACCAAAGGGUCGGCAUUUCAAAUCUGCCAGGCACUCCUUGGAAACUCUAUGGGGCAGUUCUACUCUGUCCUCUAGGGUCGCUAUGAGUCGGAAUCGACUCGAUGGCACUGGGUUUGGUUUGGUUUUGGUUUUUAGUUUCCUCAUGUUUAAGCAUGGCGGUAAUAAUAAAUCCGAGUCCCUGGGUGGUGCAAACGGUUAAGUGCUUGGCUGCUAACAUGCAAGUCCACCCCAAGGCAACUGAUUCCCACCAGGGUUGGUAUGAGAAUUAAAUGAUAAUCUGUAUAGAGUGGUGCCUGAACAUGAAAGCACUUGAUAUUUGUUAAUCUUGUUAAUAGUAAAUGUAAUAUUACCUCUUACUACAGCUUCAUCCUACAAAGAGAGAAGGACUAACAAAUCAAUCUCCUGGCUGGGAGCCCGUUAACAGUACAAGGCCAUGUUAUGAUUCAUAUUUUGAAUCAAAACAUUCCCAGAAUUUUAACUCUGAAUUUAAGCAUGGCUUUGGUUUUAUCUUCCCCAACCUCCCCAAGGGGAGAAAAAAAAGAAAUUUUAAAUCUGUAAAGGGAAACUUCCAUAUUUCCAUCUUCUAGUGUGGUUCCUGCCUUACCUUUUUCACAGGAAAGACACAGACAAGCGCUUUUUAAGACAUAGUCACCAUUGUGGAGUUCCUGGGUGGCACAAACAGUUAAGUGCUUGACUGCUAGCCAAGAGGUUGGCGGUUUGAACCCACAGAGAGAUGCCUCAGAAGAAAGGCCUGGUGAUCUGCUUCCAAAAGGUCACAGCCAUUGAAAACCCUAUGGAGUGCAGUUCUAAUCUGUACACAUGGGGUCACCAUGUGUCAAAAUUGACUCCACAGCAACAGAUUUGUUUUUGUGUUUUUUUUUAAUUCUUGGCAAGACAGUAUGGUUUGAUAAGUAAGAACAAGGUGAGACCCAUCAUCAUGAUUGUGUGGACAGACGUCUCAGACAGCACCGGUGAUCCCCACCUCCUGGUGUUCACGCUUUAUAUAAUCCCACCCACACCAAGAGGAGUCCUCUAGUCUUUAUCACAAGAGCGAUCAGAAGUUGUGAAAUCGUUUUAAGCAGAAAGAGUAAUACGAAUUCGUGGGUGUUGCAAACAGUUAACAUGCUCGGCUGGUAACCGGUGGUUAGAGUCUACCCAGAGGCACCUCAGAAGAAAGGCCUGGUGAUCUACUUCUGAAAAAGCAGCUACUGAAAACCCUAUGGAGCACAGUUCUACUCUGACACACAGGGGGUUGCCUUGAAUUGGAGUGGACUCCACGGUAACUGGUUUGGAGUUUUCUUUUUUAGGUAGUGCAAAUAGUUCAUAUGCUUGGCUGUUAAUGGAAAGGUUGGUGGUUCGAGUCCACCUAGAGGUGGCACCUUGGAAGAAAGGCCUGACAAUCUGCUUCCAAAAGUUUACUGCCAUUGAAAACCUUAUGGAGCGGUUCUCCUUUGCACACGUGGGGUUGCCAUAAAUCAGAAUCAACUCGGCGGGAACUAACAACUAUAUCCACCUUUGUUGGCUCUGGGGUGUGAUAAUGGCACUAGGGACAUGAGGGACAGUGCCUGUGUUCUUCAGGGCCUUGUGCUGAAAUAUUAAGAAGUGAACUGUUAGUGUGUCUACAGCUUCCUUUCAAAUGACUCAGUUUUUUAAAAAAUUGUGUGUGUGUGUGUGUGUAAAAAUGUUAACAUUUGGUGAAGGGGAGUAAGGCAGUCCUUGUACUUACUAGUCUUUUGCUUUUCUGUAGAUUUGGAAUUUUUUAGAAUGAGGGAAGUAAAAAGUACACCCAAUUUCUGCCUUUCCAGACCCUCCCCUUCUGCAAAAGACAAGUUUAGAGGAAUGUGAAAUGGCUGCUGCAGCGGACGAAGGAGGGACAGGAACUCAAGUUUCCAGCCGAACCUUUUCCCAUGACGCAGUUUCAGCAUAAACCCGUUGCCGUCGAGUCAAUUCUGACUCAUAGCGACCCUACAGGACAGAGUAGAACUGCCCUAUAGGGUUCCAAGUCCGUGAUCUUUAGGGAAGCAGAUCGCCAGGUCUUUUCUCCCACGGAACCACUGCUGGGUUCGAACUGCCAACCUUUUGUUUAGCAUCUGAGUGCUUCAGUCACUGCACCACCAGAGCUCUCUAGCUUCAGCGUAGAAUGCAUGAAUCCCACCCUUCUUGAAUGCCGGCAGCACCUGCAAAACAGGCUAUUGAGUCAGUCAGCAGUGGAUUUGUAGAGCACAUUUCCGUGCCAAGCGUGUGCUCAGUUUGGGAAGGACAGCAGUGAUCAAAACAGUCGGGGUCUGUGCUCUAAUCGAGCCCAACAGUGGGGGAGAUGAUAACCCUGAAAACCCAUACACAGACAAGCUAUUUGCAGGAAGCAAUAAGUCCUGUGAAGAAGUGGAGCAAUACAGUAGUAUAGACUGUACUAAGGAGCAGCAGCAUCCACUAGAAACAGUGCAAGACAUAUGUAAUUUUUUAUUUUCCAGUCUGUUAGAUGCCGUCAAGUCAAUUCCAACUCAUAGUGACCCUACAAGACAGAGUAGAACUGCCCCCAAAGGUAAUGGGGCACUGGGUUAAUCUUAAUGGGAGGAGAUUACCAGGUCUUCCUCCCACAGAGCAGCUGGAUGGGUUCAAACCAUGGACCCCUCGGUUAGCAGCUGAGUGCUUGACUGCUGUGCCACCAGUAACCACACUGAAAAAAGUAAAAACAAAAGUUGCCGUGAAGUCGAAUCCGGCUCAUGGCGACCCCACGUGUGUCGGAGUAAAACCGUGCUCCACAGGGUUUUCAAUGGCUGUGACCUUUCAGGAAACCCUGGUAGCGUAGUGGUUAAGUGCUAUGACUGCUAACUUAAAGGUUGGCAGUUCAAAUCCGCCAGGCGCUCCUUGGAAACUGUACGGGGCAGUUCUACUCUGUCCUAUAGGGUCGCUAGGAGUCGGAAUCGACGGCAAUGGGGUUUUUUUUUGGUGAUCUUUCAGAAGUAGACCUCCAGGCCAUUCUUCCAAGGCGCCUCUGGGUAGACUUGAACCUCCAACCUUGUGGUUAGUAGUCGAGCACAUUAACCAUUGGACCACUCAGGAACUCCAGAGUGACUCAGGACAGAAGCUGUUUUAGAUGGGGUCACCUCUGGAGAGGUGACAUUUGACCACAUCUCACCUCCACUCCCAGCCUAGUCCAAGCUGCCAGCAUUUCCUCCUGAGUUCUUGCACAGCCAUCUAAUGAUUCUUCUGUGUCAGCUUUGCCUCCUACACACACACACACACACACACAGUUUAUUCACCAUUGUUGUUAGUUGCCGUUCAGUUAAUUCCAAUCCAUAGUGACCCCAUGUGACAGAGUAGAACUGCCCCAUAGGGUUCCCUAGGCUGUAAUUUUACAGAAGCAGAUCACCAGGUCUUUUCUCCCAUGGAGCUGCUGGUGGGUUCUAACCGACAGCCUUUAGGUUAGCAGCCCAGUGCUUAACUGUUAGCAGCUGAGUGCUUAACCAUUGCACCACCAGAGCUUGUACUCCAGACUACUGAUUGCAUAACAGUGCAUAACAGAUUUGAACCUCAGAUUACUAUUUGUUAAAUAGGACUGUACUUAUUACCUGCCUCACGGUAAUAUUGUGAGGAUUGAAUAAUAACAAAAGGCAUUAACAACAGUAUCUAACAUAUACUGAAGAUGAUAUGCCACGUACUAUUUCAGGAUUUGACACGUAUAUCUAAUAUAGUACUCAAAACACAGCUUUGUGUAGAGACUGCUUUUUGUCCCUUAUCACACUUGUUGUUGGGUGCUUUUGAGUUGGUUGGGACUCAUAGCAACCCAGUGUGACAGAGUAGAACUGCCCCAUAGGGUUUCAAAGGAGCAGCUGGUGGAUUCAAACUGCUGACCUUUUAGUUAACAGCCAGGCUCUUAACUUACAGUACCAGGGCUCCAUGGCACCACUGGUGGGUUCGAACCCCUAGCCUUUCAGUUAACAGCUGAGUGCUUAAGCCUAGUGCCACCAGGGCUCCUACAGCCACCAAAGAUUUGUUAAAUCAAAUGACAUCACUCCCAUGGUCAGCUCCCCUGUAUCCCAUCUCUUCUCAUGCCCAGUGAUCUCUAAUCAUGCUUGGGAUCAAAUCUAAACCAGCCUUCGUGAUCUGGCCCUCCUGACCUUAGCUGCAUCCCCCACACUCCUUACCUCGCUCCCUACUUCAACGCACGGACUUGCUGGCUUCCCUGUACGCACCAAGCACACUUCUGCUGCGAGGCUUUUGCACCUGCUGUACCUCUGCCUGGGAUACUCUCCUCCUUGGCUCACACUCUCCCUGGGUUCAGAUCUGAGCUCAGUGUCACCUCCUCAGAGAGGCCUGCCUGACCAUCCUGUGACUCUCUAGCCUCCUGCCCUGGUCUUUUUCCCUUACCAGCAGUGCCCCCCCACCACUGUGUUCUAGAUGGACUUGUUUUCCCUGCUGGGAUAUGAGGUGUAUGGGGGCCAGUGCUUUUCUGCUCUAACUCACUGCACCACCCCCAGCACCUCACCCAGGAGGCACUCAGCACUCGUCAGUGUCAUUGGCCUCCUGCCCUAGAGCUGAUGUGACCUUUGGAGCAGACAGCAGUGGCCGUGGUCCUUCCCUGACCCUGAGAAGGGGCAGGAAUGCUCCAGAAGAUGCUUUGACCUUCCUGCGUAUAUGUGUGUCCAGGUGUGUGUGUUUGUCCAGGUAUGUGGGUUUAUGUGUCCAACUCUGUGUGCAUCUGCUUGUCCAGGUAUGUAAGCGUAUGUGUCCAGGUGUGUGUGUGUCCAGGUGUGUGGGGGUGUGUGUCCAGCAUGAGGGACCUGAGGACUCAGACCACCCAGAAGGCCUGGUCCUUCUCAUGACUCCAUUUCUCCCCCAGCCCCACCUUCCCAGCUCUUUGCCCCUGUCUAGAUGUGGAACCCCACAGGAGAGGCAAGAAUGCCUGCUACCCGGGGAAAAUCCAAGUCCAAGGCACCAGUGACGUUUGGAGAUUUGGCCAUCUACUUCUCCCGGGAGGAGUGGGAAUGGCUUAGCCCCGUUCAGAAGGAUUUGUACAAAGAGGUCAUGUUGGAGAACUACCAGAACCUGGUAUCUCUUGGACUUUCUCUUCGGAGGCCCAAUGUGAUCACUUUACUGGAGAAAGGGAAAGCACCCUGGCUGGUGGAGCCACCGAGAAGACGCCGGGUGCCUGAGUCAGGGUCUAAGUUUAAGACCAAGAAGUUACCUCCAGAUCGGAGCAGCAAAGCUGGGCAAAGCAUCCAUCAGAAACCAAUUUCUGUACAACAGAAGGUUCCCACAGGAAAGAGGAGCUGCAAAACCAAUUCAGUCCUAAUAAAAUCCAAGAAAAGGCGUUCAGGGAAGAAAUAUUUAAAAUGUAGUGACUGUGGGAAAACCUACAGUCGGAGCUUAUCUCUUAAACUUCAUCAGAUCUCUCAUACUGGGGAGAAGCCUUAUGAAUGCAGUAAUUGUAGGAAAGCUUUCAGACAGAUCUCUUCCCUCAUUCUUCAUCAGAGAACUCAUACUGAAAAGAAAAGCCAUGAAUGUGGUAAAUGUGGGGAACACUUCAAUCGAAAAACAACCCUUAUUCUGCAUGAGAGAAUGCAUGAUGGAAAGGAAACCUCUGACUGUGGGAAGGCCAUGAAUCAGUGCCCACCACUCAGUAUUCAUCAGAAAAUUCACAUUGUUGAGAAGGUCCACCAGUGCAGAAAAUGUGGGAAAGCUUUCAACCGUAUGUCAUCCAUUUUGCUUCAUAAGAAAAUUCACAAUAGAAAGAAAAUCCAUAAGUGCCAUAAAUGUGGGAGAGGUUUCAGUAAAAAGUCAACGUUUGUUAAGCAUAAAAGAAGUCAUACUGGAGAGAAGACCCAUGAACGUGAGAAAGCCUUAAGUCAGAGUAUACGGCAGAGAAGGCACCCUUUACUGAAUCCUUACAAAUGCAGAAAAUGUGGGAAAUCCUCCAGUAAGAUUUCAUCACUUUUGCUUCACCAGAGAUUUCACACUUCAGAGAAACCCUACCAAUGUGACAAAUGCAAGAAGAUCUUCAGGCGGCCUUCGACCCUUAUUUUACAUCUAAGAACUCAUAAUGGAGAGAAACUAUACAGAUGCAAUAAAUGUGAUAAGGUCUGUAAUCGGCAGUCAACCCUUAUUCAACAUCAAAAAGUUCAUACAAAGAAAAAGAAACUUAUUGAAUGUAAGGAAUGUGGGAAGAUGUUUUCUGGAACUGCAAACCUUAAAAUACAUCAGAACAUUCAUUCUGAAGAAAAACCUUUCAAAUGUAAUAAAUGUAAUAAAGUUUUUGGCCGCCAGUCAUUUCUUAUUGAACAUCAGAGAAUCCAUACUGGAGAAAAACCCUAUCAAUGUGAGGAAUGUGGAAAGGCCUUCAGUCACCGCAUAUCCCUUACUCGACACAAGAGGAUUCACACUGAAGAUAGACCCUAUGAGUGUGAUCAGUGUGGGAAAGCCUUCAGCCAGAGCGCACACCUUGCCCAACAUGAAAGAAUUCACACUGGAGAAAAACCGUAUAUAUGCAAAACAUGUGGGAAGGCCUUUAGUCAGCGUACAUCCCUUAUUCUACAUGAAAGAAGCCAUACAGGGGAGAAACCCUAUGAAUGUAAUGAGUGUGGGAAGGCAUUUAGCAGUGGCUCAGACCUUAUUCGACAUCAGAGAAGUCAUUCUUCAGAGAAGCCCUAUGAAUGUAGUAAAUGUGGGAAGGCUUAUAGUCGGAGCUCGUCCCUUAUUCGACACCAGAGUACACAUUCUGAAGAAAAAGCCUAAGGUGGUUUUAAAUCUGUGAAAGUGAAGGCCGAGGCUAUCAAAGAAGCAAGAACGGGCAUGGGAAAAAUGUAUUUGUAACAAAUUUGGUACA